AUGACAACUGUGGAAGGUGGACCUAAACUCUUAAAGAAAUUCCGAAAGUUCUUGAAAUCACAAGAUGCUUUUGGCCACAAGAUUUCUCUAAACUAUCAAAAUUAACCAACAUUCAGAAGCUCAGUUGGAGGAUUCAUGACAAUUGCUUUAAGGCUUUUGCUUUUGGGAUAUUUUCUAUCAAAUCUAGUUACGGUUAUAAAUAGAUCUCAAAGCGCUAUAGUAAAUUCAAUUUACAAAAAAGAUUUGUCAUUUGACGAUACCUCUUUCAAUCUCACAAAGAAUGUAUUUGACAUGGCAUUAUUUAUAUCAUACUUUGGAACAGACGAUGGAGUGUAAGAGAAUAUUCAUACCUAUUUCACUGCUAAUUUCUAUCAAAUCUAUUUUGAAGAUAAUCCAUACACUUGGGGUACUGGUAACGAUUGGGUAUAUAUGCCAAUAGGUCUAGAAAUUUGCAAAGAAGGUAGAUUUUUAGGCGAAAAUAAAACUGCAAAACUCAUAAACAUUACUGGGAAUUAUCUGUGUCCAGAAGAAAAUUUUAACUUGAAAUUGUCUGGUGUAAAUACUGCUGAUUCUUGGCUAACGAGUAAUUUGUUUGGUAAUGAAUUUGUGUAUUAUACUGGUAGGCUAGAAUAUACAUAAAUAGGAACAAGAGAGUUAGAUGCAGGCUGGAGUUUAUUCAGUGUCGAGAUUGAUAUGGAUGAGGGAUAUGUAAAAACUGGCAGGACUGUAAUGACUAUCUUAGAUGCAUUCUCGAUUGUUGGAGGAUUGAUGGGGAUAACUUUCGCUUUCUUUCAGUAUUUCAUGGAAGCAAUACAAGAAAAAUUAUUCAUGUCCUCAAUUAUUAGCAAAAUUUUCUACCAGACUAAUCCUGUUGAUUAAGAAGAAGGAGUUCAUCAACUAAAUAGUAUAGGAAAAAUGCCUUAAAAAUAAUAUAUUCAAAACAAGUUAUACCAAAAAGCUCGUAACACAAUUGAAAAUGAAUUUGAUAUUGUGAGAGUUAUCAAAACUGUGAGAAAGGUUGAUCUAAUAUUCAAGACGAUGUUUUCUAAGUAUCAAUCUUUCUUCAUCCCUAUCCUUAGAAAUAAUGUACUUUCAAAGAAUGAUAUCAAAUUAAGGGAUGCCGAUUUUAAUAUAAAAGAAAUCCAAGAAAUUAAAAAGAUUGAUGAUAACAAACUGAAGAUAUUUAUCUCAUCACUCAUAAUGUAAAGUGAAAAAUCCAAGAUCGAUAAGAGAAUAUUGAAAAAUUUAAGUGAUGAAUAUCGUUAGAAUAUUAGUAAUAAGAAGCUUGACCUUGAAAAAAAUAAGGUAGGAGCUCAACUGAAAAAGAAUUUCUUAGGCAACCUAGCAUCAAAACUUGAUACCAAUCUUUCUCUUAAAAAAUAUAAUAAAGAAGAUGAGUGGAGCUUUUGA